AUGCUGUCGUUCUUGCACGACACGGUUUGGACCUGGUUCUUGAAAACGCGCUUGGGACGACUGGAAAGUGCCGGUACCCGGGGCGAUGUCCUGCUUCAUGUCACAGAUUCUGAAGAGAAAGCGGGCAAUUGGCAGUCCGUAUUGUUGCCGCGGGAAGAGCUUCCGCCCAAGAAGCCAGGGACUGUCCGACUGGUGCUUGUCUCAGACACGCAUGAGAGGCAUUUUGGCAUCUUGCUACCCCCCUGUGAUGCCGUGCUGCACAGCGGCGACAUUCUUGCAAGCAGCCGAUGGGCGCCCCAGAGUCACGCCGAGGAUGUCCUGAGGGAUUUUGGGAAUUGGCUUCGUGCAACUAGCUGCUCCUCCAGAUUCGUCAUUGCUGGCAACCAUGACUACUGGAUCGAACGCCUCGGACAGGAGGCAGUCCAAGAGCUGUUGGGGGAUGGUGUGCAGUAUCUUGAGUUCUCCUCCGGCUCUUUCACUGUGGAGCUGGACCCCUCCAGUGAAAGCCAAGUGGAGGUCUCGGUCUUCGGAGCCCCAGUGUCAGCUGGCAGCAGCCCCAACCGAGCCUUUCAGCAUGCAGAGGCAUUGCAGCAGCUGGAGACCAGCUUGCCCAACAAGUCGGAUAUCUUGAUGACACACGGGCCGCUCCUCUCCGGAUCCAGGAAAGGACUACCUGCCAUAGCCAAGGUCUUAGAACGCUUGCAGCCGUCUUUGCACGUCUGCGGACAUCUUCACUGGCGCUGGGGUGCAAUCGUUCCCAUGUCGGAGCAAGUGCAGGCGACCGGGGUUUCCAUAAAUGCCUCUAUCAUGCGGAGUCUCGGAAAACUUCAGGGUCAACGCCCUCUCAACGCUCCGAUUGUUUGUGAUCUGCAGCUUCCAGACAAGCUUCCGAAGAGCACGGCCAAUGACAAGUGCAGCUAG